CAUUCAUCAGCAGUUGUCACUGGCAUUCGAAGCCGUCUGGUUAUCUUCGCUUGAACUAUAUCUUGUCUUAAUAGAUUUAACUCAUCUCUAAUCAUGGAAAAUAAUUUCUAUUGGCGGAACAAGGUGGCCGUGGUCACUGGCGCCUCUGUGGGAAUUGGAGCCAGCACAGUUCUAGAAUUGGCCAAUGCGGGAAUGGUGGUCAUAGGACUAGCUCGUCGAGCGGAGUUAAUCGAAGCACUCAAAGAUCAAAUCACGGGCGAGGGCAAGAUCUUUGCCCGGCAAUGCGAUCUUAACAAUGAAGAGCAAUUGACCAGUGCUUUUAACUGGAUUCAGAAAAAGUUUGAGGUCAUUCAUGUGCUCGUCUGCAAUGCUGGCAUCCUUAAGGCCAACUUUCUGAGUGAGUCUCCAACCAAGGACAUAAAGGAGCUGUUCGACACGAAUGUCGUGGCCACCGCCAGCUGCCUGCGGGAGGCCCUCAAGCACAUGGCUGCGGUCAAGGUUCGCGGUCACAUUGUGGUCAUGAACAGCGUGCUGGGCCAUCGGAUUCCGGAAGUGCCGGUGCCCUUAUUCAGCGUUUAUCCGGCCACGAAGCAUGCAAUUACGGCCCUCUGCCAAACGGUGCGCCAGGAAAUACAUUUUCUCAAAUUAAAUAUUAAAUUAACGAGCAUCUGUCCUGGCAUGGUGGACACGGAUUUCCUCAGUGUUUACUCGCAGGCGGUGGCCGAGCUGCCCAAACUGCAGGCGAAAGAUGUGGCCAAGGCCGUGUUGUAUGCACUGGACACUCCCGAUGGCGUCCAGGUGGAGGACAUCAUCCUGCAGCAGAUGCGGAAGGUCAACUGAACGCCCAUUGAAUGCUAAGAAAAUUAUUUUAUUACCUAAAGAAAUAUUGUAUCUACAGUUUUUAUAUCUUACAUUCAGAAUAUUAAAAAGAAAACACAAUACCAUUGCAAUCCUUUAAUGCCCUAAUACGCA